GUGUGUGAGCAGCGGUGGGCGGGGUUUCGCGCUCACACUAAAUAUUCAAAAUGGCGGACAGAGGAUCAACGACUCAAGAUGAGCGCUCGACUGCAGAUUCCAGCGUCCAUCCAGCAGAUCUGAGCAAAGGCAGCAUGGAGAACGGUGCGCAGGGAGCAGCAGCAGCUCAGGCCAACGGUCUGGACGGCCACAAACAGAGCGGUCAAGCAGCGGUCAGCGGCACGCAGACGCUGCUCCAGCAGUUGAGCAUGACUCCAGCGCAGCUGUUGCAGACGCUGCAGACCACUGGAGCCAGUAUCUCCGCCUCCGCGGCCACGCCCAUCACGCUGUCCUCGCCCAUUCAGAUCGCCUCUCCGCAGGGCUUGAACCUGCAGCAGUUCGUCUUGGUGCAGCCGGGUCACUCCCUCAGUCCUCAGCUUCAGCCGCAGUUCAUCAUAUCUUCGUCUCCUCAGGGUCAGAGCGGUCUCCUGCAACCUCAGAAUCUCCUGACUCUACCUCAAAGCCAAGCGCAGAGCAGCAUGGCCCUCACCACACAGGCGGCCACACCGACACGGAAGAUCGCGUCUAUGCCGGCUCCAGCGGCCGCUCCGAAGCGCACCGACGCUGUGUGUGUGGAGGAGGCCAGCGACCUCGAGGAGCUCGAGCUGUUCGCCAAGAACUUCAAGCAGAGACGCAUCAAGCUGGGCUUCACUCAGGGUGACGUGGGGCUGGCGAUGGGGAAACUCUACGGAAACGACUUCAGUCAGACCACCAUCUCCAGAUUCGAGGCCUUGAACCUGAGCUUCAAGAACAUGUGCAAACUGAAGCCUCUGCUGGAGAAGUGGCUCAACGACGCAGAGAACAUGUCUGCGGACUGCGUGGUGUCGAGUGCGAGCGAGAUGUCUCCGGGUCUCUGCGAGAGUCUGAACCGCCGGCGUAAGAAGCGCACCAGCAUCGAGACCAGCAUCCGUCUGGCCUUAGAGAAGAGCUUCCUGGAGCAGAGUCAUAAGCCGUCGUCGGAGGAGAUCACACUGAUCGCGGAUCAGCUCCACAUGGAGAAGGAGGUGGUGCGCGUCUGGUUCUGUAACCGCAGACAGAAGGAGAAGCGGAUCAAUCCUCCCAACAGCGGCGGCUCGCUCGGAUCGGCCAUCAGAACCAUCUACAGCAGCGCCUCGGCCGCGGUGUCCAGCAGCGCGAGCACACUGACGGUCAGUCCUGUGGUUUCUCUGAGCAGCAGCAACAUCUCUAACCUGACAUUCAGCGGCGGAUCGCUGGGUCAGGUGAUGUCGAACACACCCUCAGUCAUCUCCAUGGCGCCCACCAUGGCCACGCCCGCUCCUGUCAUGACAUCACCCUCACUCAGCCCAUCCGCCACCGCUGUCAAACAGGAAGUGGCCACCCUCGCACAGGCAGUUUCCACGGCGACGACGGUCACGCAGGGGGCGGGGCAGCUGCUGGUGACGGGCAUGGGACUGGGCGGAGCUAAUCUGACUGCUGUUGCGGGUUUGAACCCAACGAUCAUAACGCCGUCACAGCUGACGCAGGGCGGGGCGCUGAUGAGUUUGGCUCCUGCUUUGGGAAACGCCUUGAGUCCUGCGCUGAUGAACAACAACGUGCUGGCCACCAUCCAGGCUCUGGCGUCGGGCGGCGCUUUUCCUCUGACCUCCUUUGACGGAAACACCGGCCUGCUAUUCGCCAACACCAGCGCGGGAAACCACGCCCCCAGCCUGGUGACCACGCCCUUCUUCCUUAACCCGUCCAGCUUCUCUUUGCUGCCGGCCAAUCUGCUGUCGGCGGGCGGAGCCGGAGGCGGAGCUCUCAACCUGCAGCUGGCCAGUGACGUCACCACGACGACCAAGAGCGUGGGCGUGGCCUCAAAGGCACAGUGAGGCUCCGCCCAGUCCUGUGCUACUACCAAAAACACUUCCUGCGAACGACCGAGGAAACGGGCAGGAUGGAACUUAAUCCGUUUCUUAAACUAACGACUAAAUUAACCAAAAAUGUGACUCUUUCUGAUUCUUGACAAGAGAUUAUAGAGUUUAUAUGGACUUUCUACGAGGCUUUCUGUUGUUGUUUUUAUUUGCGGCUCUGUGGAACGAGCCGAUCGUAGAUGAUUUCAGAUUUCUAACCAAAAGCAUUUCAGAUCUUUUACGUUGCGUUGGGUUCUGUCAGAGGACUUUUUAAUCUAGUACUCUAACUCGACAACACUUUAUCUACGGUUAGAAGGCUUUAAACGAGUACUAACAGGUGCCGUGAGAGAUGCAAGCGAACUCCGAGUGAACUGAUUCUGAAUCGAGUUCGUUCAACUGAAUCGAUUAAACCUGUGUGUGAUUCGCUCACAUCUGUCUGUCAUAUCAGAUGUGUUUCUGACGGCUGCGGACGGACGGACGGAUCUGAUCGGCGUGUAGCGAGCGCAGGGAUCAGAGGUCAGAGGUCAGGAAUCCCUCCAGCAGCACUGAUGCUCAAGGAUCUUCAUCUGAAGACUGCUCUCAUACUACUGUGUACAGACGCGCUUGCGCUUCAUUCUGUUUUUUUGCCAAAGCAAACGUCUUUUUUUAAGUCCUUUCACUGGCGGCGUCUUGUUUUUAUAUGAAAAUAUCAGCAGUUUCUGUUCUUUGCUCGCUGCUUUAUUUCGAUUGCUCGAGGCGGCAGCAUUGAUCUGUUCUCGUCUCUCACUGUAUGGUUUAUUAUAUUGCGUUUAUCAGUGAUUGUGUGCGAGCUUCAGGUUCAUCUUUACGAUUUUCUGCAGGAAUGAAAACCAAAGAUUCAUCAGCGUCUGUCUUUGUGCCGCCCUCCGUUUCUCCUCUUCUUUAGUCAGAAAACACACACUAUAUUCCAGGAGUAUAUAGAAAUAUAUGAAAAAACAUAGUUUUAUUUUGUGGCUCCCAAAGCAGAAAUCCUCUUAAGGAUGAAAACCAAAGAUUUCUCACUUUUUCUUUGCCUUUCAUUUAAUUUUUUGUUUGUUUUUUUGUGUAAUUCAUUUGAAAUCAUGAACUCAUUCUAGUCUUUAUGAUCCAGAGGUCAGAUGAUUGAUUUUCGUGUGUGUGUGAGUUUAUCUACAGAAUGUGUUUCAUAUGAUACAGAAGGGCUGUUCUCUCUCUGUCUCUGUCUCUCUCACACACACACACAUAUACACACACACACACACACACACACACACUCACACACACUCUCUCCUCUCUCUCUCUCUCUCACACACACACUGUUCUCUCUCUCUCUCUCUCUCUCACACACACACACACACUGUUCUCUCUCUCACACACACACACACACACUGUUCUCUCUCUCUCUCACACACACACACACUCUCUCCUCUGACGCUCUCUCUCUCUCACACUCACACUGUUCUCUCUCUCACACACACACACAC